UUGCACCAAUAUUUUAUAGUACUAUGUUUCCUCUAUGGCCAGGUUAUAUUUUGGCUCGCAGAGUUCACUUUCAUUACUCUCAAGUUUUGUAAUAUGUCAUUCAAUCUAAUUCUUAAUUUGCUAUAUCUACCCCUAAUCAAAUGAAUGUUACCAUAGCCAUAAAAAGAUCAAUAUCCAAGCAAAUUUGUCCUGGAAUUGGGACCAUGGCUAAUGUCUCAAUCUCAAAUGAUAAUUUUACUGAUGAGCACUUUAGAAAUGAAUUAGUGGUCGAAGAUCCUUGGUUUGAACUUGAAGAUUGUGCAGAUAUUCAUUCGGUUUAUUCCAUGUGCAAUGAAGAGAAUACAUCUAAUGAACAAGUUACAACCAACUUAUUCCAAGAUCAGCAACAAAGUAUAUCAAAUUGGAUGCAGAGUCAGUUCUCCACCAACACACACCAAAUCCAAUCCAGUAUUGAAGAACCAAAGAAUGAUGAUUUCCAGCCUCAAGUCCUACAACUUAUCGGCAACUCUAGCAAUGAAAGAUCAAUUCCGUUUUCUUUAGCAUCCUUUGAGCUACUGAAUAAUUAUGGCAGACUGAUCAAGAAAUCGAGCGAGGAAAACUUGAGCAUUAAUAAUGCGCUAACCUAUGAGGCUCGUGCAUGUAACAACCACAAGUUGUCAACGGAAGAAACCCUGAAGGUUGCUGGAGAAAGGUACAUCCAGUACUCCACCCAAAAGCUAGACGGUCUUUCUCUGUUUAUGCACCCUUAUGGUUCAGCACUCUCAGGACUUAGUAUAGAGGAAACAAGGGACAUGGAGCUUGUCCACCUCCUACUAUCUGCAGCAGAAGAAGUAAAUAACCAGCAAUUUCAUCUGGCUAGAAAAUUGAUUUCUCGUUGUAUGUGGGUGGCAUCUGAAUCAGGUAAUCCCGUUCAGAGACUUUCUUUCUAUUUUGCUAAGGCUUUAGAAGAGAGGAUUGAUCGCGCAACUGGAAGAUACACAUGUACGGAUGAAGAUCGCCACCUCAAGUACAUAAAAACUAUGGCAUUAGGUACCAACUCUGCAUUCUUGAUCUGCCACCAAUUACUUCCCUUCAGUCAAGUGAUGCAAUUUGCAGGAGUUCAAACAAUACUUGAAAAUGUCAGAAGCGCGAAAAAGAUCCAUUUGAUCGACUUUAAUAUUAGGAGUGGAAUUCAGUGGACAGUCAUGAUGCAAGCUCUUGCUGAAAAAAGUGACUACCCAAUUGAGCUUCUCAAGAUAACUGCAGUUGGAAGCACAGAAAAAGAGAAGUUUGAAGUAACAGGCAACACAUUACACAGUUUCGCCACGUCUUUGGGUCUGUCAUUUUCAUUUGAUAUAGUUUUCCUGUCAGACAUGAAAGAUUUCAAGAAAGAAUCAGUCAAUAUUGAACCAGAUGAGACUGUGGCUGUUUAUUGUAACACUGUUUUAAGGACAAUGAUACCAAAACCAGAUUGUUUGGAAAAUUUUAUGAAAGUAGUCAGAAGCAUUGGACCAACAGUUAUUGUUAUUGGCGAAGUCGAAGCAAACCAUAAUUCACCAUCAUUUUUAAACCGCUUUAUUGAGACACUAUUCUUUUAUGGUGGAUUUUUCGAUUGUUUUGAGGAGUGCAUGGAUCGAGACAGUCCAUGUCGAAGAACGAUUGAAGGGUUGUAUUUUGGUGAAGGUAUUCGGAACAUUGUGGCUGCUGAGGGUAAGGAAAGAUUCACCAGGAAUGUGAAACUUGAAGUAUGGAGAGCAUUCUUUUCAAGGUUUGGUAUGGUGGAAGAAGAGUUUAGUGAGUCAGCUUGGUAUCAAGCUAAUCUAAUUCUCAAGCAAUUUGCCCAAGGCAGUUGUUGUAAUCUUCACAAGGAUGGGAAAGGCCUCAUUAUCGGGUGGAAGGGAACACCAAUUCAUUCUCUUUCCAUUUGGAAGUUCUUGUGAGGAAGAGAAGUUGGUCUUGUUGAGGAAACAAAUAGGAUUUUUGCUUUGCUCAGUUCAUUUGUAUACCAUCAACAUUCUGUAGCUGGUAUGACUAUUAGGCAUCUCCAAGCUAAGUCUAGAAUUUUGCUAUUAAAUUCAUAUGUGGGGGACAGAGGGCUCGUGGUAUCUGCUGCCCACCCUUCCUUCUAUGUUUUGAGAACCGCUAACAGGUGCAGAAGAAAAGGAGGUCCUCAUACAAAGCUGCAUGCGCGAGAGACUGAGUUGGGGCGGUUAAUUACUACUCUUACCCUUUAGCUAGGGUGUUUAACACAGAAUUUCAUUAGACACCUGUGAUUAGGCCUGAAAAUAUGAAGAGAAAAUUUUGAGUCCUAUGACUCCUAAAUGUA